AGAAGAUUGCCUCGGGUAUGGCAGCGGCAGCGCUCAUUAUUUUCAGCAGCGCCCUCUCGGGCCCUCGGGCCACUGGCCGCCCGCGAAUGCUGGCCGUCCAACUGCAGCGCCAGACCAUGGCUGACGUUGAAGAGUGCAUCGUCUCUUCCGAGAGUGAGGCGGAGGCGGACGCUUGCUUCGCUUCGGACGCCAUCCCCAAGAUCCCCGUCAGCCGCGGGCCGGCCCCGCCGCUGAGCGAGAUGGAUUCUCGGGCCGCCCUGAUGGGGCCCGCAGCUUCGCUCGGAGAGUGCAUCGUUGAUGCAGAGAACGCCGGUGAGAUCGAGUCCUGCAAGUCUGACUACGAGGCACUCGUCGCGGGGCCAUCUGCCGCGCCGCAGGCGGGCUUCCUGACGCCCGCCGCCGUCGUGCUUCUUUUGGCCACCGGCUUCGCCAUCAAAGAGUACCUGCUCGGCGGCAUCUAGUGGAGCAACGUUGCCCGAGCACCCUCCGGCGUCCUCACAGCGCCGGGCCGGAAGGAGGCGGCGGCGCGAGGCGCUGCCUACGGGCGGCGCGGGAGCCGAAUUCAUGUACGUAAAGCAUAGUGGCGCUCUCUCGUGCGCGCAUCAGUGGUUGUGCGCGCAGGGGUUGGCACGGAAGGCAACCGGCGCACGCUGUGCGCGGUGUCAUUCUGCGGACCGUGGCUUUCUGCUGUUUUGAUUGUUGUUGGCAAAGCCUGUUGUGUGUGUGUAGUAUACCUGUCUCUUACUGGG